UCCCGCCGCGUCUGCGUUAAGGGUCGCCAGUCCUGCGCGGACGAGCGGGCCGAGGAUGGAAAUUGGAAGCACCCGGCCGGAUUUCUUCGGAGACAUCGGCUCCUGGUCCGAGAGAACGGAGGUGCACAAGGCAGCCUCCCUCGGCCAGGCCUCCCAGCUGCAGCAGCUCAUCCGGAGCGGAGCGUCGGUCAACGUCGUGGCGGUGGACUCCAUCACGCCGCUGCACGAGGCCUGCCUCCGCGGACAGGCCCAGUGUGUCCGGCUGCUGCUGGACGCUGGAGCCCAGGUGGACGCCAGGAACGUGGACGGCAGCACCCCGCUGUGUGAUGCCUGCUCGGCCGGCAGUUUGGAGUGUGUGAGGCUGCUGCUGGAGCGCGGCGCCGAGGCCAACCCCGCCCUGACCUCUCGCACGGCCUCGCCCCUGCACGAGGCCUGCUUGGGAGGUAACUCGGACUGCGUGAAGCUCCUGAUCGCCCGGGGCGCUCGUCUGGAGUCGUACGACCUCUACUACGGGACCCCGCUGCAUGCGGCCUGCGUGAACGAGCACGCGGACUGUGUCAAGGUGCUGCUCAACGCCGGCGCUAAGGUGAAUGCUGCCAGGCUGCAUGAAACGGCACUGCACCACGCUGCUAAAAACAUGCGGGUGGAGAUGAUCGAGACGCUGGUGGAGUUCGGGGCCAACAUCUACGCCAGAGAUCAGCACAACAGGAGACCCGUGGACUACACCGCUCCGGGCUCUCCCUCCGCGGCCUGCCUGGGCUUUUAUGAGACCACCCCCAUGAGUCUGCAGCAGCUCAGCAGGUUGGCAGUGAGGAAGACGCUGGGCACCAGAGCUCUGAAGGUCAUGGGUCGGCUGGACGUACCCAAGCUCCUCAUCCGCUACCUCUGCUACCACUGAGAGCCACCUGGAGGAGGAGUUGGAUCGGUGCUCGAGGAAAGACUGGAAAUUCACAGAGCCGUUCUCAGAUAGAGCAGUAGACAUCAAGGUCAGCGGCGAGCAAGGGCUUCUUUUCAAAAGAAGAGUGCAAAUGCAGUUUAUGUGCUGUACUUGCCCGAGUCAAAUGUAAUUGUCGUGGUUCCACGCACACUAACAAUUAGAUUUUUAGCACGUCUCAGAAUUACUGCCAGGCCAACACUUUAAGCAGAUAUUAGCGUGGGGAAUUUUGAGUCACCCGAACUGGAACAGCCGUCCGCCUGUGGGCCCUAUGCACCUUAAGCCGAGAUCCCGGUAUAAAAUAUCGGUCCAGUGAUGCAGUGGUUCCCAAAGCGGCCUGCCCUGCCGCAAGAUUUCCGGGUUCUUGUUAUCAUUCACAACAUUUGCUAAGCCGCAGCCCAGGCUCACGUCCGUUUCCGCCAGCUGGCAGUCUACUUGUUCCCCGCCCUUCAGGGUCACUGUUUUUAAAUCCCUUUUAAAUACACAGUCCUGCUGAUGA